AUGGCGACGCGUGACAAGUUCAGCUGCCUCGGCACCACCGACAAGGACGUGCUCAUCGGCGAGUUCCAGCGCCUGCUCGGCUUCCAGCUCAGCCCCGCCGGCUGCGCCUUCUUCCUCGACAUGACCAACUGGAAUCUACAAGCUGCCAUCGGAGCCUACUAUGAUUUCGAGAGUCCAAAUAUCAAUGUCCCCUCGAUGUCCUUUGUGGAAGAUGUCACCAUAGGUGAAGGGGAGUCCAUCCCUCCCGAUACCCAGUUUACAAAGACGUGGAGGAUACAGAACACAGGGACAGAGGCGUGGCCUCCAGGGGUUUGCCUGAAGUACGUGGGGGGCGACCAGUUUGGGCACGUGAACAUGGUGAUGGUGAGGUCCCUGGAGCCGCAGGAGAUGGCCGAUGUCAGCGUGCAGAUGUGCAGCCCCAGCACUGCCGGCAUGUACCAGGGCCAGUGGCGGAUGUGCACUGCCACGGGACUCUACUACGGAGAUGUCAUCUGGGUGAUCCUCAGCGUGGAAGUUGGAGGACUUCUGGGUGUCACACAGCAGCUGUCAUCCUUUGAAACAGAGUUCAACACGCAGCCACAUCGCAAGGUAGAAGGAAACUUUAACCCGUUCGCCUCUCCACAGAAGAACAGGCAACCAGAUGAAAACAACCUAAAAGACCCUGGGGGUUCCGAGCUAGGCACAAUCAGCAAAAACACAUGGGGGCCUGCUCCUGACCAAAUCGAACAAGAUCAGAAUGGACUGUCACAAAACUCUGUAAAUCUCUCCCCCAGCAGUCACUCGAACAACUUGUCGGUAGUGACGUACAGUAAGGGUUUCCACGGUCCUUAUCCCUUCGGACAGUCUUAAAACACAAAAACACAAAACGGGUAUCGACAAGAGGAGAAUUUAAGAGAAAACUGACUUUUGGGGGAAGGGAGGGGGUUCAUGUGGCAGACAGACACAGCGUGGACCCCCCUCCUCUGCCUCCGUGUUCUGGAUAAAGAAGAAAAAACAAAAACCCAGUAACUUAA